AUGAGCCAACACACAGCGGACCAGUUGUCCCUCGAAAUCACCUCCGAGACCUUGAACGGCACCCAAGUCUCCGAAAGCGACUUUUCAGGAAUCCACCGAAUAAAAUGGUGUCUGGGCAGGAGCCUUGACCCAGAGUCGAGCGAGGGAGCCAAGCCCUUCAUGGUGGGCCUCGGUGCCGGAUUCUUUGUUGUCCGUGCUACCAGCCAGGAAGGCCUUGACUUUAUCACGACUCUUGCAGAGGAGGACGGCGGCUGGAGCCAUAUGGCAAUUCAAAGGCGACAGCCCCCAGCACCCCGUCCGGUGUGCGGCGGUUGCUCCGAGGUUGGUCACGAGCUCUGGAAGUGCACCAUGGUGAACCAGGACGGGUUUUUAGACGGAUGUGUUAUCUGCAACGUCUCUGAGCACCAGACCGUCGACUGUGAGCAUUAUCCCAGUGACCUGGAAAACCAGGUGGUGUUGCUGGUGUUGAAACGCUGGUCACUGCCGGCUUUAGCUGGGGCCGACUGGUUCGCGGUCCUACGCCAGUACUAUGAUGGCGAACCACAGCUUCCACCCCCAACCGGGUAUCCUUGGACUCCCUGGUUUGCCAGAUGCCAGAAAACUGUGGUCCCCUUCCAUGACCACCACUUCGGCCUUGAUCGUGGCUCUGACAAAGGUCGAACAGCCGACCCCGACACGGCGAGCGCUGAAGCCGUGAAUGCUUACUUCUUCAGGCAAAAGCAUCCCCAGGCUAAGCCUCCUCCGUCUUAG